AUGACCGCCAGGCCUCCUUCAGCAUCAAUUCCAGCAACGUUUUCACCUGUGGAUGAACUACUAGCGACGUCGACAUUAAAGUCGUCAACGCCAAAGACUCGCGCGUUCUGGAUGAGCUUUGUUGCCAUCGCAGUGACCACAUUUUUGGCAGCUCUAGACCUCUCAGGUGUAGGAAACGUCUUACCUACGAUGGCGAAAGCUCUCAACGACGAGAAGGGCGAUUUCACUUGGGUCGGCUCAGGUUACGCUUUAUCAAGUACAGCUUUCAUGCCGCUGAGUGGCAGUCUGGCGGACGCUCUGGGACGAAAACCAGUUAUGUUAAUAAGUAUUGGCUUCUUCGCCCUCGGAAGUGCUCUGGCUGGAGCAUCACAAAACAUGUCGAUGAUGAUUGCGGCACGCACUGUCCAAGGAAUCGGCGGAGGGGGUAUCCUGACUCUCUCCGAAAUUCUUGUUGCCGAUUUGGUCCCUUUAUCUGAACGAGGAAUCUAUGUGGGACUAAUUGCCAUAGUUUGGGCGACUGCUUCGCUUCUUGGUCCUGCUAUUGGAGGCGCGCUAGCUUCUGCAAGUGGGAAUGCAUGGCGUUGGUUGUUUUAUCUUAACCUGCCACUUACCGCCAUAGCUGCCGUCCUCGUGAUCCUCUACUUGUCAGUACGAACACCCCCAGGUACUGUGCGCUCAAAGCUCGCAAAAGUGGACUGGAUCGGCAAUGCUAUUGUGGUCGUUGGUACGGCUUUGGCCAUAAUUGGCCUUACUUGGGGUGGCGUUCGAUAUCCUUGGCGUUCGGCUCAAGUCCUCGCUCCGUUGGUCAUCGGCCUCCUCCUUGUGCUUAUCUUCUUCGUCUACGAGCUCUACGUUCCGCAGAACCCGGCCGUCCCACGAGACAUCGUCUCCAACAGGACCUCGUUGAGCUCGCUAAUUGCUGUGGGAUUACACGGCAUUGCUAGUAUCGUGCUCUUCCAGGCCUCUUUUGGAGCCACGCCUCUCCAAGCUGCAGUCGAUUUCCUUCCCGCACUAUUUAUAACCACUCCUUCGGGAUUCACCGCCAGCGUCGUUAUCGCAGUGACCAAGAAGUACCGGCCAGCGAACUGGUUUGGCUGGGUUGUCUAUAUUGUUGCCUUCGCACUGCUCGGCACUGCAGGCGGAGGUACAACAAAGGCCAAACUGUACGGAUAUCAGGUCUUAGCAGCGGUUGGGACUGGUGUUUUAUAUGGCGCGCCAAUGUUCUCGCUUUUAGCGCCGCUACCCCCAAACCGGGCAGCCGCAGCGCUGGCUUUAUUCUCAUUUACGCGUUCAUUCACACAGGCGUGGGGCAUUGCAAUCGGUGGCACGAUUUUACAAAACGAACUCAAGAGAAGGCUUCCGGCUGAAUUCAUUGGACAAUUUCCGGCUGGGGCAGAGAUUGCCUAUUACUCGAUCCCCUCGAUCCGCUUUCUUGAACAACCUCUCCGGACCCAGGUAGAAUACGCAUUUGAAGAUAGCAUGGCCGUCAUCUGGCGUGUUAUGGCCGGUAUUUGUGGGGCCGGGCUGGUGGUAAGCUUGUUCAUGAAAGAAGUGCCAAUGGCGACUGCGGUGGAUGAGAGUUAUGCACUCGAGGAAAAAAAGAAGGAGGGAGACAAAGAAAAUCUUGAGCCUAGUGUAGCGACAGAAGUACAAUCAUAG